AUGUCGGACAGGCGAAUGCUGUUGGUAUAUUCGAUCGAUGGCCGGCCAGACACGAGUGUAGGGCGGACGGCGGACGACGACAGACGGCGACGAUGGACACAGGCGGAGAAGAGUCAAUCGCACAUAUGGAUGCAAACGAAACGCACGCACGCACGCACGCACACGGCUGCAAGCCUCACCUUCAUCGAUCACUCACUACUUCACUUUGCGCAUCUCAGGGAGUCAGGGGAACGUUCGUUCGUCGCCGUCGCCGUCGCCGCCGCCCGAAAAGCCGGGCUGCAUCUGCCAUGUGCAUUGUUUGAUUUCUAUUCUGGCUUCCUUCCAAUACAUAUGUGCCACUGCAAUGAUUCCGAACACUGCUAUUCCUGCCAGUACAGCACCGCUGACGAGAACUUCUCAAGCCCUCCCUACGAUCUUGUCCUCGGCUCCCUUGUUCGCUACCAGCAAACCUUGAAAUCGUUCACUCGCCCGAUACUGAGUAGUAGCCCUCCUCGACUUGAAACACCCCCCGACACGAAAAUUCCAAACACCCUCUUGGAACUUUGCAGACGUCGAAUUCGCAAUCGAAUCAUAACUAUCGUGAUUCGCUGCUACAGUGUACAUUAUUGGUACGGAGGCGCUUCCUGCUUUCUGGUUGGACAACCUGCUGUAUUCUUGCGAAGUCUGUCCCCAGCCACUACUAGAAUAGCUCCACAGCACAUCUUGAUCACCUCGGCGUCGAUCAUGACCUUUCCACAUUGGGAAUGUACAUUCAUCCUUCAGCCUUCAGCGAACUACUCCUUCCACCACUUUUUUCUCUCUUCUCCAGCUCGGCAGAUGAGAGAACAUCACUUCAUCUAUGUACAACAGGAUGACUCGUGGCAACUCCGGACGCAAGAUUGCUUCCGCCCCGGGAUCUUGGUCUCGCUGCGCAACUCCCAUGCACCGAAAGCAUGUGCCGUAACUCCACGCCCACUGAACCCAAUCUGCUCAUUGGGCCAGAAAGGCCGAAAACCUUUGCAAUCUGCGCUGCGAUGUGGGUGUGACAAGAAAAAAAAAGCCGCCACGUCUGACGACAGCCUUGCUUUGAAGAAAGCGCAGAUCUUCACAUCACCUUCGCACAAGAUCGUGUGCCAUACGGAAGCAGAUGGAGCCGUCGCUGCCCUCCUUGCUGCAAUCCAUCGGACUCGUGGCGAUGAGCCUCGCGGUACAGGCCUGAGGCGAGACGAGAUGCCUGUCUGUCCAGGUGGCUUCGACAACCACAGCUCGACUUCAGCUCAUUCUGCUCCGGAUCGACGAGAACGACACGCGCAGGCUUCAUGGGAGGCACCAUUUCUCCAUUAUUUCCAUUUCCCAAGGCUGCAGCAGUGUGCCUCCGAACAUCACGACAUGUGGCUUCCAUUCUUCGCCCCGUCGCCACUGCUUCUAUUUCAGGCUGACGCGCGCAAAGGCUUGCUUCCGACUCGGUCUGUAGCGCACAGCUUUCCACAUCCAUCAUUAACAAAGGUAGAAGGUGGGAGGCAGAAGAAGGUGGAAGGUAGAAGGUGGAAGAAGGUGAAAGGUGGAAGGUGGAAGGUGGAAGGUGGAAGCGGGGCGCCUGAAUGGCUUUUAAUAUCCGAUCUAGAGAGGCCUAACCGGUGUGCAAUUGAAAAUUUUGGUAUUCGUCAUAACAGCUCACAGAUUAGCUUCCAGCAGUUCAGCCAUACCAAGGCCCAACAAGCUGUGCCUACAUCCGCAAAGGUCGUCUUGGCUAAGGCGGUAGGCAUCAGAACUACUUGGCGCGAUUUUCGAUAUGUCACGCAUGGCGGGUCUCUGAAUGACUGGAAAGUGGCCCAAACAUCACUUCUGCUUAUUGAAGCAGAAGGCAUCAAUUAUUAUGUCCACGUGAACAUGACGACCGCUGCAGACUCCAAUGCUCCAGCGGCAACUGCACCUCUCCGGAAUCUAAGAGCGUCGGGAUCUGUUGUGACUGCAAGGAUGAGACGACGACGAUUUUGCCACAAUUUCAAAAACCAGAAGUGCUUAUACUCACCGAGCCCAGAGCUGAACCCGACAGCCUUCUUCAAGAAUGAACCCGAACUCAAUACCACAGUCUGGGCACCAGAAGAAAGCGAGUUCGACCCCAAUCUCGGGAAAAUCCUGUCUCAUGUCCUUCGUCAUGUCUCACUUCUAGAACACCAAGGGAUGGUAGCAUGUCUUAGCUUCAUGCAUCAAACGGUAGCUUAUAGCAAACACUCAGCGACUCAAGAGAAGCCCAUUCUUUCCAAUCUCGUUCAAUUCCAACAACAAUACCAAUACCAACAACAACAACCAGCAAAUCAAGGGCAUCAAACCAAUCACAUAAUUCACAUCUCAACACAAGCACCAGCCCCAGUCAAUCCGAUCCCAGGCAUCAUGAUCACCGCAUUCAUCCUUGCUCCAUUCUUGUCCUGGGCAGGCUUUCUCGGAGGACUUCAAGCAGUCAAGACGUGA